AUGGUUAGAGCUCCAUGUUGUGAAAAGAAGGGAUUGAAGAAAGGUCCAUGGAGCUUAGAGGAAGAUGAAAUCCUCACAUCAUACAUCCAAAAACAUGGACAUGCCAAUUGGCGUGCACUUCCAAAACAUGCAGGUUUAUUAAGAUGUGGAAAGAGUUGUAGAUUGAGAUGGAUUAACUACUUAAGUCCUGAUAUUAAGAGAGGGAAUUUUACAAAUGAAGAAGAACAAAUCAUCAUUCAGAUGCAUCAAUUGCUGGGGAACAGAUGGUCAGCUAUAGCAGCAAAAUUACCUGGAAGAACAGACAAUGAAAUAAAAAAUGUAUGGCACACACAUUUGAAGAAGAGACUAUUGAAAAUCAAUAAUAACCAACCCAAUUCAAGUACCAAAAAGAGAGUAUCAAAAUCAAAAGUUAAAACAUCUGAUUCCAAUUCCAAUUCCAAUUCAAGCACUUUAACUCAAUCAUAUGAACCUUCUAAUGCUCCUACUAGUUUGCCUGAAAUGGAAAGUACAUCAUUAAAUGACACUUUUUCUAGUGAUUUUUCGUUUCAAGGAAAAAAUAUUGACAAUAGCAUCAAUUGUGAAGACCCUGAAGACUCACAUGUGACAAUGCUUGAAAUUGAUGAAAGCUUUUGGUCACAGACAAUAACUGAUGAUGAAAUUAGCUCCACUAUGCCAACAAAAAGUGAAUUACCAAAUCAACAACAUCCUUUUAAUUAUUCAGUGGAAAUUUUCCAAAAUUCUUUUGAAGAUGAUGAUGGCAUGGAUUUUUGGUAUGACUUGUUUAUUAGAUCUGGGGAUUCAACAGAAUUGCCAGAGUUCUAA